GCAGCACUAAUCAGAAAGCAAACAUAAAGGAAUACUCCAAGCACCAUAACUAGUACAGCGUGCAGUAGUGGUUAUCAAACAGUUUGACAAGCUACCCUGUGUCAGCCAGAUGCUAUUCACAUCCUCAGUGAGUUUACUGCUUUGAGAAAUGGUUCGUUUACACGUCAAACGGGGAGAUGAAAGCCAGUUCCUAUUUGAUACGACGGUUGAUAUUCCAAUGGAAGAUCUGAUCAAACAAGUGUCUGCCAUUUACAAUAGACAACUUAAAGUUGAUAGGCUAUGCCUGGAGAUCGGAGAACUGGCUGAGCAUGGCAUCAUCAUUCCCCCAAACAUGCAGGGUCUCACUGACGAGCAGAUAACAGAGCUCAAACUCAAAGACGAGUGGGAGGAGAAAUGUGUACCAAGUGGUGGUAGUGUCUUCAAAAAGGAUGAAAUUGGAAGGCGAAAUGGACAUGCACCAAACGAUAACAUGAAGAAGGUGUUACAGAAUACUGUAGAAGAAGCCAAAGCCAUGGUGUCUAAGAAACAAGCUGAGGCCAAUGUGUGUUUGACAAUGGAGAUGGUAAAGGGUGCUCUGGACCAGCUCCGAGGUGCUGUAAUGAUUGUUUAUCCCAUGGGAUUGCCUCCACAUGACCCUAUUCGAAUGGAGUUUGAGAAUAAUGAAGAUCUUUCUGGGACUCAGGCUGGGCAGCUGGUUAUUGAGGAAUCCGAUGCUCAGUUAUGGUGGGCUGGAAAAGAGCUGCAGAGAAAUAAGAAGCUUUCAGACUUUGUGGGCAAAAAUGAAAAAACGAAAAUUAUUGUUAAGAUUCAGAAGAGAGGUCACGGAGCACCAGCACGUGAACCAGUUGUUUCUGACGAAGAAAAAAGGAAUAUGAUGAUGUAUUACCACAGAAGGCAAGAAGAAUUAAAGAAACUUGAAGAAGAUGAUGACAUCUCCUACCUGAAUUCUGACUGGGCAGACAAUAAUUCUUUAAAGAGGCAGUUUCAGGGUGUAAACAAUAUUAAGUGGAGGCCAAAAUAAUUGACCCAUUCAUCAUAUCAAAUCCAUCUUCUUGGCGUAUUUAUUAAUUCUGUCUUGCAUCGUAUUCUCAUCAUCCUACUCCUCACACUGUAGCAAUAAAACAAUAUAGUUUCUUA